GCUACCCAGCCUUGCCCAGCUCAGCACCCGCGGCACCCACCAUGGCUCUGCGCCUCCUCCUGCCGCUGCUUCUGCUGGCUGCCACCCUCCUCAUCGCCCAGGCUCAAGGCAUCGGCAGCCCGGCCUCGGACUGCUGCCUGAAGCACAGCCGGAAAGCCAUCCCCAGCAACUGGGUGAAGUCCUACAGGCUCCAGGGACCGGAGUCGGGAUGUAUGCUGCGUGCUGUAGUGUUAACCACCAAGAAGAACAAGAAAAUCUGCGCCUCUCCUGCCGACCCUGCCAUCCAGCAGCUGAUGCAGAACCUGGACAAAGGCAAGAAGGACAAGAAGAAGGGACAGUCCCCACGUACCGGGGGCAGACCCAAGCGGCAGAAGCAGCAGCGGGUCUGAGUCAGGCCUGAAGAGGACGGAUGCCUUCCCCAACGAUGACUGACCCACCGCCCGGCAAUGGACACCCACAGACCACUUGCCCGCCCGCCGGCCCUGUGCCUGCCGCAGAGAUCCCCCCCAGCCGGGACUCCCUGCACCGGCUGGGUGCUCUCGGUGGCAGGGUGCACCCAGGUCCUUGCUUGCCCCACCACCAUGGUGGGGGACCGGGACCUGCGUGGGAGCUGAGCCAUGGCCCCAAGGGGGAAGUGGGCAGCCUUCCCAACAGAGGGGAUUUCUGUAGCCUGGCAGGGUGGCAGCUUUUCCUAUGACUUUAUUUUGUUGUUGUUGGUUUUUUUUUUUUUUUUUUUUUUUUUUUUUUUUUUUUUUUUAUAUAUACAUUUGUAUUUAUAUUUAAAGACUGUGCUUUCAUUCAGUCUUCCUGGAAGGCUCUACUUCUGGCUUCUUGUGCUUCACAGAGUACCCUUUAUGCUGCAGGCUGGCUUUUCUGGAAGAUUGCUCUUAUUUUUCUACCAGACAAAUGACGGGUGUGUUUCAUUUCCCUCUCACCUGUUUGCUCCUUUUUGGGUUGCAGGACUGUGGGGUGCCACGCAGGUCCCGUGUCCCUGUGGUCCUGCCUGGGCUGCUUGCCGGGUGCUUUCUCGCAGAGCCAUUAAUAGUGGCUGAGAUGGAGAGUUUAGGGGCAGUGGGGAUGACAGUGUGGCUCUAUGUCUGGCCUCUUCUAGACUUUCCCUUCGGCUUUUAUAGUGUGCUGUUGCAGUGUAGUUUAGAGGAAGAUAGUCACGAUUUGUCCCUUUGAUUUUUAUUUUUUUUUUUUUUUUAGGUACAAAAUUGCAAUGAAAUCAGAACAAAUUGUUCAUUUUAUUGAAAUUUUACCCUUUUAUCUCCCCUGAUUUUGCUGUUGUCAGAGAUUCAGACAUUAUUAAGCCAAAUGCUUAUUUUUCCUGAAAAAAAAAAAAAAAAAAAAAAAAAAAGAAACUCUCAUAUACUUUCUUCUCAAGUCUGAAAAGCCCACAUGGUGAAAACUGCAUGUGAGGCUGUGCAGGUGGGGGAAUUGAAGACUUUGCAAAAUUCAUUGCAGACACGCUGCAGCCGUUUGAGAGCAGCUCUAUCCCAAACCUUCAGUAAAAUGAGAAGUCACUAACCCAAGGACACCAUGAGACUGCAAGUAGAGGGAGGACAGACCGUGGGGAUAGGGCUGGUGGGAAAAUGGCAUCUCCCCUGUGCUUGCAAACCCCUUCCGGCAUGCCAAGAAGGAGCAAGUUGAAAGGCUGUGCCGCAGCUGCAGUGCUAUCUGCUCUCAGAGACUUCAGACAUGAACUUUGGUCAGUAAAGGUCUAUUAAGUCAUAUAAUUGCAAUAAUAGGAUUUGCAGGGCUUAACAGUAUCAGCAAAGGCUGUGGGCUGGCUGGAACAAAGCUUGUAGCUGAGUGUUUCUAUCAAGCACAUUUAUCUGGCUUGAUUGCUUAUUAGGUGGUCAUUUAGGUCUAUUAUUUUAAGGCUGUGUAAAGAAACUGUGAAGUCCAAGAUACCGGCCCUGAGCACGGGACGGGCUCUGAGCUGGCUCUGUGCUGCCCUCCCCUCCACGUGGGAGCAAGCAGCUGUCUGCCAGACUGGCUUUUGGACAGGAUGCAAGGCAAUAAAAUAUAUCCUUUACAAUCAAA